GGGAUGGGGUAUCUAUCUCUAUUCCGUACAACAGCCACAGUAGCUAGCCAGGAUACCAUCGCUAGCUAGGUGUUUACCUAUUUUUAACGCACAUUUCCCCUUAAAUGAACUUAUCUGAAUAUUGUUGUGACAUCGCCUGGUGUUGCUAGAUCUUUAGAAGAAGUUGAAUAAACAUGAGUGACCUGGGGGACAUUUGUCCCCACCUGGAAUCCAUAGGGGAGGUCACCAAGGAGGACCUUCUGCAGAAAUCCAAGGGAACCUGCCAGUUAUGUGUAGCAGGAGGACCCAACCUCUGGGCCUGUCUUCAGAGCGAGUGUCCAUAUGUUGGCUGUGGAGAAUCCUUUUCAGAUCACAGCACCCUACACGCUCAGACUAAGAAACACAGCCUGACAGUAAACCUGACAACAUUCAGGAUCUGGUGCUAUGUGUGUGAGAGAGAGGUGUUUCUAGAGCAGAGGCCUGCAGUAGUAUCUGCUAUGUCUGCCACUAACACUCCCCACCACUGUAAAGCUAUGGACAACCAGGUACGCCAUCGCACAAAGGAUGCAUUUCAUCAACCAGUGAGUCACCACCGCCCGUUGAAGGCGGUGCCCAUCGCGGUGGCAGAAGAAGAGGGGUCAGAGUCGGAGGAGGAUGACCUCAAACCCAGAGGUCUGACAGGGAUGAAGAAUAUCGGUAACUCCUGCUACAUGAACGCAGCUCUUCAAGCCCUGUCCAACUGUCCUCCUCUCACUCAGUUCUUCCUGGACUGCAGUGGACUGGUGCGGACAGACAAGAAACCUGCGCUGUGCAAGAGCUACCAAAAACUAAUCUCUGAGCUCUGGCACAAGAAACGGCCCAGUUACGUGGUCCCCACCAGUUUGUCCCAGGGAAUCAAGCUGGUCAACCCCAUGUUCCGUGGCUACGCCCAGCAGGUAGGGGCAAGCUCCCAGCAGGAUACCCAGGAGUUUCUGCGCUGUCUGAUGGACCAGCUCCACGAGGAGCUCAAGGAGCCAUUGGCAGAGUUCGGCAGGGGGGGUGAGGGGGACGAGCGGAGGGACGGGAGCGACCGCUCCCCCGCCGAGGACGAGUUCCUCUCCUGCGACUCAGGUGCCAGCAGCGACCGGGGAGAAGGAGGAGGGCUGGGGGAGGCGGGGCUGCUCAUCCAGGAUGAGUGUGGGGUGUCACCGAGGGUGGGAGGAGGGGAGACAGGCACUGGGGGGCGAUCAGGGACAGGAGGACCCAUCUCGGAGAAAGAGAGGCUGAAGGAGAAGAGGGUUUUGGGCUCGCCCCUCCACGGAGGCUCCCAGGAGAUGGACGAGGACGCAGAUGUGGAUACGGCGGCGGCCGAGAAGGGGGCUCUAGAGAGGGGGGCGGAGGAGGAGGAGGGGACCCCCCCUAGACCACAGAGCCCCAGUCAGAGUCAAACACAGGGGCAGAUGCAGAGCAGCAACACUCCAGAGCCAGACAACGAGGCAUCGAUGCAGCAGCGCCCCCAGUCUCGCCCCUGCAGCCCUGUCCGUAUGGUCCAGGAGCUGCAACCAAAACUCUCCUCUAGCCCCCCUCGCUCUAGCACCCUCCGCUCUGCAGGGCCCACAUACUCCUUCAAGAAAGCCCAGCUGAUCCUGGGUGCCAAGAAGAAGAAACAGUCUCUCUACCGCAGUGUCAUCUCAGAUAUAUUUGACGGCUCCAUCCUCAGCCUGGUCCAGUGUCUGACUUGUGACAGGGUUUCGACCACUGUGGAGACCUUCCAGGACCUGUCUCUGCCCAUCCCAGGUAAGGAGGACCUUGCCAAGCUACACUCCUCCAUCCACCAGAACAUCCCAGCCAAGACCGGGGUCUCUCUGGACGUCUACGGCUCCCAGGGCUGGAUCACCUACAUCAUGGACUCCAUACGCAGGUUUGUGGUGUCCUGUAUCCCCAGCUGGUUUUGGGGCCCCAUGGUAACGCUGGAGGACUGUCUUGCUGCCUUCUUUGCUGCUGAUGAGCUCAAAGGGGACAACAUGUACAGCUGUGAAAAGUGUAGAAAAUUAAGAAAUGGUGUUAAAUAUUGCAAAGUACUUCAGCUACCUGAGAUUCUGUGCAUUCACCUGAAGCGUUUUCGUCAUGAGGUGAUGUACUCCUUCAAGAUCAACAGUCACGUGGCCUUCCCAUUGGAGGGACUCGACCUCCAACCUUUCCUGGCCAAGGAUAGCCUCUCCCAGAUCACCACUUACGACCUGCUGUCCGUCAUCUGUCACCAUGGCACCGCAGGCAGUGGUCACUACAUAGCGUACUGUCAGAAUGUGAUCAACGGUCAGUGGUAUGAGUUUGAUGACCAGUAUGUAACAGAGGUCCAUGAGACGGUGGUGCAGAAUGCUGAGGCCUAUGUGCUCUUCUACAGGAAGAGCAGUGAGGAGUCAGUGAGGGAGAGGCAGAAGGUUGUGGCUCUAGCCAACAUGAAGGAGCCCAGCCUGCUGCAGUUCUACAUCUCCAGAGAGUGGCUCAACAAGUUCAACACAUUCACUGAGCCAGGGCCCAUCAGCAACCACACCUUUCUCUGCCAGCACGGAGGGAUCCCACCCAACAAGUACCACUAUAUAGACGACCUGGUGGUGAUCCUGCCGCAGAAUGUAUGGGAGUACCUGUACAACAGUUUUGGAGGAGGCCCAGCAGUGAACCACCUGUACGUGUGUGCUAUCUGCCAGGUGGAGAUAGAGGCUCUGGUCAAACGCAGAAAGGUGGAAAUAGACACCUUUAUCAGGUUGAAUAAAGAGUUCCAGGCGGAGGAGGCUCCUACAGUCAUCCUGUGUAUCAGCAUGCAGUGGUUCAGGGAGUGGGAGAACUUCGUCAAGGGCAAAGACAACGAACCCCCUGGUCCUAUUGACAACAGUAAGAUUGGUGUGAUGAAAGGGGGACACAUACAACUAAAGCAAAGGGCUGACUAUGGUCAGAUCUCAGAGGAGACGUGGCAGUAUCUUCUCAGUAUCUACGGUGGAGGGCCUGAGACUGCAGUGAGACAGACAGUGUCGGCCCCGGCCCUCGACACAGACAGCCUGCACAGAGAGAGGAAGAUAGAGGCAGAGACCAGGGCACUCUGAGAAACACCCACAAUGGUCAUCUGUCUGUCUGACUCCUACACCUGGGUGAAGAUAAGCACCUGGGUGAAGAGAAGAACCUGGGUGAAGAGAAGCACCUGGGGGAAGAGAAGCCUUGUCAGGAGCACUUUGUAAAACGUAGCAACGCGCCUCAUUCUAUUACCAGUGCAGAAGGACAUAGUUGUCAAUUAUCAUCCUACCGUAGUGAAAAGGUCUUAUUUAUUGAAUAAAUCUUAAAAAGAUUUCUAAGUGAAAAAUGUAACAUUGCGUGACACCAUGUUUCUGAUGCUGUUAGCAGCUAUGGUUGGUUAAGUCUAAAUCUAAAGAGCUGCUGUACCAGUGUAGUAGGUGUGUCAUCAUUAAAGGUGUUCAGAUGAGAAGUGGAGGGAGGUAGUGGUGUUUGGGACCAUGAUGCCAAGGAGUGUGACAUCGUCAGUGUUAAUCGCUGCUUGAAGACUCGGGUCAACAUGUACAUUCUUCUCCACACAGGACAUUCAGUGACGACACGGCGCCCAUUCAUUUCUCUUUUCACGAGACAACAGAAGGACUGAUGUAAAAAUAACACAUGUAAAGAAAUAAAGUAUGUUCAGAGUUGAAUGUUCUGCUUCUUUCCGAGGAGGACUACAGUGUUUUCCGAUUGGCGUGACUCGUGCCGUCUCAUCGCAUAGUCAAUUGACGUUACAAUUGAUUUGUUUAAGUCAUACAGAUUAAAGCUCAUCCCAUCAAGACCCCCUAAUAUUGUGUUUACAGACAGUAGGAACAAGCAGAUGAGGGGAUUCUCGCAGCAGAUCUACAGGGGAGGAGAGGACCCUCAGGAGAGUAGCCCCAGGUCAGGAUAUCAGGCUAGCAGGGAGGAAAGAGAGGGGGGUCCAACCCCCAGUCCCCCUGCAGGGAUAGAGGUAGAGGUGACCAGUGUGGAAGAGUGCGAAGGGCUAUAUCUGUCAAAUCUCUAUCACGUCUCGUACUUCUCCCCAGCUCCAUAUCCCAGAAUUCAACACUCCCCCAGGUCACUAGCCUGCACCAGCCUGCACUCGUCUCUCUGCUUGGGGAAAUAUCAUAUUCACCCUUAUCCCUCUUACCAUAAAGGUUCAUUAACCUGCAGUGUGCAUGUUAGUACUGCACGCUAACACAGAUGUUGAAACUUGUUUUCCUUUUCUUUGGUAUCGGUUGGCAGGAGGAUGUUGUUGUGUACCCUCUUAGUAAAAAGGGUUCCAAAAGGGUUCUGAGGCUGUCCCCAUAGGAGAACCCUUUUUGGUUCCAGGUAGAACUCUUUUGGGUUCCAUGUAAAAACCAGAUGGAACCCAAAAAGGUUCUACAUGGAACCCAAAAGGGUUCUUCAAAGGCUUAUCCUAUGGGGACUGCUGAAGAACCCUUUUGGGUUCUAGAUAGCACCUUUUUUUCUAACAAUGUAUAAGAGGGAGAUGAUGUAAUCCAAGCGGGCAUGUCAUUAUGAGCUUCACCUGAGUUCUGAUUCCUUCAGAAUGCCAUCUAGCCAUUUAAAUGUUAACUAACAUACGUUCAAGUGUGUCUGUCUGCUGUAGCAACGCUAUGUAAAGGAUGCUGAAUGACAGUGUUGGAACCUAAAUGUGAAAAGAGAAGUAAAUGUUCUUUCUUUUUUUUUAUAUAUAUUUUUUGGUAUUCCUUUGUUUUUGCCAAUUCUGUAAAGAAGUGAAACCUCCAAGUGUUUUUGCAGAGAAGUGCAAUGAAAACCUUUGACGGUCUAUCUGUGCUCAGACAUCUUAGUUUUUAUUAUUAUUAUAGGUUGCCAAUGGGUUGCUGAAGCGUUGUAACUUAGUUAUGACAGCUGACUAUACAGUGAGGGUCCCUGUGGUACAUUCCAGCGGUCUGUGAUUAUUUUCUCAAUUCACCUCUGAAUUCCUGGUUUGUGUGUCUACGUUGGGUUGUGUACACUCACUUGCGUGUAAGCGUUUCAUUUUCACUGGUAAAUGGUUGAACAUAAAGAUGUUGCUGUGGUGGGAUUGGUUGCAUAGGUAAUGACUCGCCUCAUAUCUUUUUCCCAAAACAAUAAUAGGAGUUAAUCAACUGCUGUUUUUCAAUGACGAGAGAGAGUGUGUCAUAGUGAUGGUGAUCUUUUGUUGCUAUUUGACUUCCGUGGUUGAUCCACACUCAGAUGAUUGUCUGGGAUUGUCUGGAAAACAGAUGUAAUUAUAAAUGAUUAUAUGAUUAAAAGCCUGCUCUAUCUUGUG